AUGAAAGCUGAUCAAAGGCAUGCAACUUCAAAGUUGAUUAGUGGUUACAUUAUCGACAAUCUUCGAGACCCAAGGUUUGAAGUUACACCAGCCUUUGUCAUGGCAGAAAUGCAAAAAUUGCAUGGACUAGACAUUGGUUAUCACAAGGCGUGGCGUACUAUUCAACGUGCUUCAGCUUUAAUAAGAGGAACUCCUGAAGAGAAUUAUGAAUUAUUGUCUUCAUACUUGUAUAUGAUAAAAAUUUCAAAGGAUGCAAAUAACCAAAUAUUCCCACUAGCCUUUGGAAUUGCAGAAUCUAAAAAUAACAAUUCCUAUGAGUGGUACUUUAGUGAGCUUCGCAAUGCAAUUGGGAGCCGUGACAAUUUAAUUUUUUUAUCGGACAUGCAUCAAUCUAUUGCACAUGGCAUUGCAAAGGUAUAUCCUGAAAGCCACCAUGGGAUUUGUAUCUAUCAUUUGGAGCAGAACCUAAAGCGAAGGAAAGUGAAAAGUGAGGUCAUAAAACUUUUCCAAAGUGCUGCAAGAGUAUACAUGCGCAAAGAAUUUGAUCUAUACAUGUCAGAUAUAGCAAAAGUUGAUAAGAAGACUUUUGACUUCUUGAUGGAAGAACCACCGGAAAGAAUGAUGGAUUUCAUCCAAGUGAAGCUACAACGUUGGUUUUAUGAAAGAAGAAAUGAAGCAGAAGGAACUUUUUCUGACGUUUCUUGUUGGGUAGAAGAGGAAUUGAAGAAAAAGAUAGAUUUAGCUUUUACUUUAAAUGUCUUCCCUGUUGAUUCAUGGCGUUCUAGAGUUGAGGAAGAAGUAAUUACUUUCUUGGUGGACUUAAACAAAAGAACAUGUGAUUGUUUUCAGUUUCAAUUUGAUGAAUUACCAUGUAUACAUGCAAUUGCAGCUAUCGAGAAGAGAAACAUCAAGAAGUCCAAUUUCUGCUCGGACUG